GUCUGAGUGCUGAUGUAUACAUGUGUGUCCUGUGUCGGAUGAGUGCUCAGCGGAUCUUGCCAGCGUCACUGCAGAUGUUCAUUCAUUCCUCUUCAAACUGAAAGCACCAUCAAAAGAGUUGUAAAGUGUUCCGAGCAGCGUCUGAAGCACCUGACUGAAACUAUAGGUUUCAUGAAUGAGGGAUCACACAUCGCUCUGCAGUGUCUGUGCGCACACUGGACGGAUCUUCUCUUAAAGCGGAAGAGUUGUGAUAGAGUUUUGCAGAAGAGCAGCAGCACUAUGGAUUACUUUUUAUUUCGACUCUUCUGUUCUUUGGCUUUGUCGCCGCUUCUAGUUCAAAGGGCAGAUUCAAAUGAGAUCCUGGGACUAAAGAUCCCCUUUGACCCUAUUCUCAACGCCAACACAGUGUGCUUGACUCUGCCCGGCCUGACAAAGAAACAGCUGGACGUGUGUAUGAGACAUCCAGAUGUGACAGCCUCUGCCAUACAGGGCAUCCAGAUCGCCAUUCAUGAGUGCCAGCAUCAGUUCAGAGGACAUCGUUGGAACUGCUCCAGCCUGGAGACCAGGAACAAGAUCCCAUACGAGAGUGUUGUCUUCAGCAGGGGUUUUAGAGAAAGCGCAUUUGCUUACGCCAUCGCGGCGGCUGGUGUGGUGCAUGCCGUGUCCAACGCCUGUGCUAUGGGCAAACUGAAGGCCUGUGGCUGUGAUGAGAAACGGCGAGGGGAUGAGGAGGCAUUCAGGGUGAAACUUAACCGUCUGCAGCUGGAGGCCAUCAACCGGGGAAAAGGGAUGGUCCAUGGGGUGAUGGAACACUUCCCCGCCGAUGCUCUCGGCCCCCAGGACUCCUGGGAAUGGGGCGGCUGCAGUCCCAAUGUGGAGUUUGGGGAACGCUUCUCCAAGGAGUUCCUGGACUCCCGCGAGAUGUACAGGGACAUUCACUCCAGGAUGAGACUUCAUAACAACAAAAUUGGCAGGCAGGUUGUGGUGGACCACAUGAGGAGGAAAUGCAAAUGCCACGGGACAUCGGGAAGUUGUCAGCUCAAAACCUGCUGGCAGGUGACUCCAGAGUUCAGAACGGUGGGCUCAUUGCUGAAGGAGCACUUCAAUAUCGCCACAUUAAUCAAAGCGCACAACAGAAACACAGGUCAGAUGGAGCAUGCCCACCCCACACAUCGACGAAGAGCCAACGCAAACGAUCUGAUCUACUUUGAAAAGUCGCCGGAUUUCUGUGAGCGGGACCCAAGGUCGGACUCUGCGGGGACGCAGGGGCGGAUCUGUAACAAGACCAGUCAGGGCAUGGAUAACUGUGAGAGCCUGUGCUGUGGGCGGGGCCACAACAUCUUACAGCAGACUCGCAGCGAACGCUGCAAUUGCAAGUUCCAUUGGUGCUGUUAUGUCGUGUGCGAGGAGUGCCGGAUAACAGAAUGGGUCAGCGUCUGCAAAUGAAAUAAGCAAUAAUCUAUUAACUGUGUAAAUGCGAACGUUAAACUUAGGGAAAGACUGAUAAACCCCUCCCUUUUGCAAUGAACUGCCAUUUCCAUGAUAAGAAUGGAAAGCACAUAUGUGGACUAAAAUUAAUUCAGUGCUAGAUAAGUGUGCUCGUCCUUGCACACUGCAUGGGUCCAAGCACAAUAUUUCAGACUAAUUUUGGACUUGCACUGCAUAUAAUUACAGAAAGUAUUUUUAAUUUAAAUAAAUUAAAGAAUAGGAAUAUAUUGUGGAGUAUACUGCCAACCGAGCACUCACUGAUACAGUGUUUUGUUUGUUUUAUUUUGGUUUUCAAAGAAAUCAGUGGCUCGUAAUCCUGUAUGAUAUCACCAAGCAGCUGCAUGGAAUUCCGGUACUUAAAGAAGAGGAAUUAUGUUUCAUAUACCUUUGCACAGAGCCAUUUUUCAGAAGAGUUUACCAAACAAACUCUGAGUUAAUGAACGGUAUCAUAUACCAAUGAAUAUUGAAUCAAAAAGGCCAGCAUGUCUGUUUAUAUUUCCAGUGAUUGUAUAUAUAUAUAACCACUUUAAUGCUGGUAAAAGUGCUGACUGGUCUUUAAAGGCUUGUUUGCCCUGUCAAGUUACACUUUUUAAGCAGAGCACAGUAAAAUGAAUGGAUUUCAGUCAUGUGCAAGCUGUGGAUCAGUCCUUGUGGAAUUGUCUGGUGACCAGGACAUCACUUUUACAUGGAUAUGGACAUUUACAUUGGACAAAGGCAUUAAAACA